ACAGUUUUCGCGGUAAAUAACAGGCUUCGCGUACCUUAUCACGACACCACAUCGGCAGAAAACGCAAAACAGCAAACCCUCCUCCUACAGCACUGCUUUUCCCCAUCUCAUUCGCAUCGACCUAGUCGUGCUGCGCCACGGCCGGCCGGCCGGCCGCGCGGCCCUCAGCUCAACUCCUCCGCUGGAGGACAGGCCUCUUGCGUCUGUGCUCCCACCCGCGAUGUCCAGCAACAAGGUAGCUGAUCAUUGGUGCCUGUCAGAGCGACAAGGUCAUCAUUUGCAAUCCAAUGGUGCAAUUGAUCUUGAACUUGAUGGUGGGACUGCAAGUCUUCAUCCAGAAAUAGGAGUCACAAAAGGUAAUACUCGAGUCAAAUGGAGUCCCCAAAUGGCUGAUCGAUGGUGCCUGUCAGAGCGACAAGGCCAUCAUCUGCAAUCCAAUGGGGCAAUUGAUCUUGAACUUCAUGGUGGGACUACAAGUCUUCAUCCAGAAAUAGGACUCACAAAAGUUAAUACUCGAGCCAAAUGGAGUCACCAAAUGAAGUUGUUCCUUGUUAGACUCUUAAAAGAUUAUGAUGUGCCUGGUUUUCGGACACAUAAUGCUUGGAGUAAGGAGGCAUGGACAAAUAUUGUUUCUCGACUAAAUCAAAGGUUUGAUCAAUCAUUUACUCUCAACCAAGUCAAACAAAAGGAGCAGGAUCUGAAGAGAGACUAUCGAAAUGUUAAAGAAUUGUUGGAUCAAAGUGGCUUUGGAUGGGAUAAGGACAGAAAAAUGGUUGAUGCACCAGAUAAUGUUUGGGCAAGCUUUGCCGCUCGUAAGAACAACAAGGAUGUCCUGCAAUGGAAAGAAAGGUCAUUCCCCCUUUAUGAAGAAUUAGCUCCACUCUAUGAAGGUCGUUAUGCUGAAGGGAGAACUCGUCGAGGCUUGGACCAUUAUACUAGGAAGAGGAAGCAUGCACCAGUUCCCUCAUCACAAUCGACACAAGUGACGGAUCUGUAUCAAUCACCAUCACCUACCAUGCCAGCUGCCGGUGAGUCAGAUAUGCAGUUUACAUUAGAUGAAAAACUUGACGAGUUCAAUUUGGAUUCUCCCCCGCACCUAUCUACACCUAUUCAGCAUGUGCAAGCCCCGCCAAGAUCUACACAAAUGGAGAAACAUGACACUAGGCGUGGGAAAAAACAGAAACGUGGUGCUAAUGAUGAUUUCCAUGAGAAGUAUCUAAAACUGAAGAAGGAAGAAAUUGAUCGAUUUGCUGCAAUUGAGGAGAAGAAGCUAGAGGACCCCUGCACCAUCAACAAGUGCAUCACAGCAGUUGAAGGGUUGGAAGGUUUACAACUAGGAGAUAUGUUGAUGGCAUCAGAUAUCUUCAAAUGCAAGGAGAACAGGGAAGUUUUCUUGUCAUAUUCUACUAAUGAACUACGACUGGCUUGGCUUAAAAGAGAGAUUGCGCGUGCCCAAACUACCCAUCAAAAUUAGCCAUUGUGGUGAUCCACUGAGACCAUAGGUUCUAUUUUAGGGAAGCUUUUGGUCUGUAGGUGUCAUAUAUUUAUGUUUAGUUCAGUUGGUCAUAGAACUGACCAUGAUGGUUUAGUAUAUUUUGGUAGUUAUGUUGAGAGGCUUUUGGUUAGGCAUGCAUGAAAAUUUGUAGUACUAUUGCAAAUUUGAAGUCCAAGAAUGGUAUUACAACUUGCAUGUCAUAUUUCAAGUACAAGAAUGGUAGCUGAACUUGGAUAACAUAUUACAUAUUCUAUGAUCUUUGUGAUACA